GGAGUGGACGCUACUCCACCACAGUUGCAGCACAACACAAACACAGUGUGUGUGUGUAUGUGUGUGUGAGGUAGGUUCAGAAAGCGAUCCCUUUACUUACCCACCACCUUAAAACCACUCUCUCUCACCACUUCAAUCAGGUUGUUGGGGAUUACCAAGAAAAGAUUGAAGAAGGAGAAGAUGGGUGAAGUGAUAAAGAAUCAAACGUCACACUGGUGGUGGCUUGAUAGCCACACUACAGCUAAACGAUCACCAUGGCUUCAAUCCACUCUCGCUGAGUUGAAUGAGAAGACAAAGGCAAUGCUAAAAUUAAUUGAAGAAGAUGCAGAUUCCUUUGCUCAACGUGCAGAGAUGUAUUACAAGAAGAGACCAGAGCUUGUGAGCAUGGUUGAGGAUUUCUACCGGACCCACCGCUCUCUAGCUGAGCGCUAUGAUCAAGUCAAACCUGAUAAUGGAAUUGGACACCUUGUUUCUGGGGGAUCCCCUUUUGCUUCUGCCAAGUAUCAGUUUGAGAAGUUGAUGAGUUUUGCAGAUAAUGGAUAUGAUACCUAUUCUGAGCAUUGUGAUGUGUACGAGUCUGAGGAAUCUGAUGUUGAUGAUCCUGAGCAGGAGGAAGAGGGGACUGAGUUUCUUAACUACACAAAAGAAGAGCAGCAAGCUUCGGUCAUGGCUACGAGUGAUGAAGUGAUGAGGCUUAGGGAUGAAAUCAAGAGGCUCAAUGAAGAGAACAGGGCUCAUAGGGAUCAACUCAAGCAGAAAGAUACCAUCUGUGAUGAAGUAAUGAUGUUGAGGGAAGAAAUAGGAAGGCUUAGAGAUGAGAAUGAGGCACAGAAGGAACAACUCAAGCAGAAGGAUGAAGAGAAGAUUGAGGUGAUAAGGCACCUGAGUUUAGCAAUUGAUGUGCUGAAGCAGGAGAAUGUAAAGAUGAGAAACUUCAUUUCUAAGGAGUCCACCAAGAAAUGGAAGAACCCUUUUGAGUUUAACAAACUUGUUGGAGCAUUGUCAAUGAAGCUGUUCAAUGGGACACCAAGGAAUCAGCCCAGCGUUGAGCUCUCUAGAUGUGGUUAACAAAGUUUGCAAAUAGCGUAAUUAUGUACAACAAUCUUACCAAGAUGUCUAUAUUUGUGUUAGGGACUUACCCAAGUAACUUAGGCUAGAGUAUACAAUAUGUUUAUGUCUUUUCCAUUCCUAGUCUUAGAUUCCUAGUGUGCGUACUUAUGAUAUUCUUUAUAUGUUUAUGUCUUUUCCUUUGCAAGUUGUAUUUGCUUAUUUAAAUUCCAAUUGUUUCAAUUUUUUAUUCUCACAUGACUGUAUUGUACCC